AACCCGGAGAAAACUAAGAAAGCCUAUCUUUGUCGUACACAAUGCCUUAAAUCCUGGCUGUACGCUGAACAAAUUAAUCGACAGACGACUCCCGCAGGUGAGGAAUCGCUGGAAUUAGGUGAUCAUGAGAAAGAUUUAUGUCCUUCUAAUUACAGUAACACUUCUGGAUGGCGCGGAUUCUAAGGGGGAGAGGAAGGUGGACAACAAUGUCUCUAUCGGGCCACCAGAUCCGCAGGCUAUUUGGCCCGUUACGGACUAUCUACAUAACAACACAGGCUACGCGAUCCAGAAAAAUCUGUACGGCGUUUAUCAUGAAGUUACAUACACAUCGCCAGGACCGGAAGUAGGCUUAGCUAUGCUGCAGUUCGAUGCCACGAAAAAUUCCUUCAUGACAUUUUUCAAUGAUGGAUCCCUAAACGGUUUUCACGCAGUAACGUGGAUAUUUUAUGUCAAGCCACUGUUUCAGCAGAAAGCAGUAUUGAUGCAAUAUGCUGGAGAUGGGACGUAUCCCGGCAUGCAACUGCGAUUAAACUCAGACGACACCAUACAUCUUCGCAUUUUUAUAUGUGACGUAUUAGGAUGCACCAAGAAAACUUUCAAGACUAAAGAUACUAUGGCACCCCCAGGGGAGUGGACUCUCCUCGGAAUCACGUGGAACAAACUGUGGCCGUCACCGGAAGUGGACAUUUUCUCGACGAGCAAAGCGGACCAAUUUGAGAUCACUUUGCAGAUGGAUCACCUCCGUCUCUCUGGAGAUGUCUAUUUUGGGGUUUCCAUGGACAACAAAGAUUUUUUCACGGGGGAGCUGUCCUGUUUCCAGUUUUACAACACAUCCAUUAUUGGGAAAACCCAAGGCGGAACGCCUGACCUUUGUGACCCCAAAACAUACACUUUUCCGGAAUAUGGCGAUCCGAUUGGAAGUAUAGAAUUCUACAACCAGAUGCUACCUACUACAGCUGGAAUAGGAAGCACAACAGUGGCGGAAAUGACGUCAAUAACCAACCAAAUGACGUCAUUGAUCGAAACGGGAUCGACUGCAGAAACAGUGCUUGUUACAAAUUCGACAACACCAGCGACACCUAAUCUGGAUACCGAAUUUGUUUUCCAGUCAACGACGACGAAUAUUGUGGUCUCGGAGACAAAUUUUCCCGGACCGGAAACCUUCGUUCCUGUGGAUGAGCGGGUGAAGGACGUCUGCUCCAAGUUUUUGUUGGUCGGCAAACAACUGUCUUUAGCAUCCCCAAUAUCCAGUUCCUUCGCCGGAAGCUGGUCCUCGUGCACCAGACUGUGUCUCGCUGACGUCAGCUGUAACUACGUUGCCUUGGAUACUAUUAGCGGCAUGUGCUCAUUGAGCACAGAUUCCCUGACAGUACCAUAUCCUUCAUCCUCCGUAUAUGAAAAAUCAUCGCAUUAAGCCACGUGUCUAAAUGUACACGUGUCUAAAUUUACACAUGUCAAGACGUACUGUGUCAAGAAUGUAAGACUUGCUAAAGUUAACAUGGUCGACAUGUCAUGAAUAACAAUCUUCAACAUGACCAAUGUUAAUGUUUGUGGAUUUAAUGAUUUAUUCAUGAGUUACCAAUAUCGUCUUAGAUAAAUUUGCGAGUAGUUGCGCUUCACCUACCGCUGGUGAUGUCUCGAUGUGAGUGAAAAAUUCUUGAAGAGACUUAAGACCACUAAGCAAAGACCCCCCCCCCCCCCUUACACAGGACAGUCAGCUACCAAUACAACACACACACAAAUAUGAUUCACUACUCGAAAACUUAUUUAACGAUACUUGAAUUUACACUACUUGUAAACUUAUUAAACGACACUUGAAUUUAUACUACUCGCAAACUUAUUAAACGACACUUGAAUUUACACUACUCGCAAUUAAACGUAUUUUACGACACUUGAAUUUACUCUACUCGAAAACUUAUUAAACAACAUUUGAAUUUACACUACUCGUAAACUUAUUAAACUACACUUGAAUUUAUACUUCUAGCAAAGUUAUUUCACGACAUUUGAAAUUACACUACUCACAAACUUAUUUAAUAACACCAGUAUUUACACUACUCGCAAACUUAUUUAACGACACAAGAAUUUACACUACUCGCAAACUUAUUAAACGACACUUUAAUUUAUACUACUCGCAAAUUCAUUUAACGACACUUGAAGUUACACACCUCUCAAACUUAUUUAACGACACUUGAAGUUAUACUACUCGCUAACUUAUUUAACGACACUUAAAUUUACACUACUCGCAAACUUAUUUAACGACACUUGCUACAAACAACUUCCAUCCUAAAAUAAUGAAAAUCAAAACUUUUAUGUUUUUACAAGAAAAAUAAAUGCAAUUCAUUUUAUGGAAUGUAAUUUGUGCCAAUGAUUUUCCAAAACUGAGGGAAUUUAUAAAGCAACAUACAGAGAGGGGUACUAAUUUAAACUUUUAAACUUCAUAAAACAAUUACAACUCCCUUAUUUUAUAAAGAUCGUUCUAUUUGGACCGCUAUUAUAGUUCCUCUCUAGUCGCAGAACUCAAAGUUUGAACAUUCUCGAAAUUUCAUUAUUUUUAAAAGAGAGCUUUCAUACAAGUUUCAAUGCACUGUUUUGAGUAAAACAUGAUCCACCAAGUUUUCGCUAUCUUUUAAUUAUCCCCCCUUGGAAAGGGGUUUUUAAUAAGGUAUGCUGAAACUAGACUAUCAGUUUUGAAUAGUUUAUAAUUGACAAACAGACGUCUGAGAAAAGGUGAUCAGAAAAGCUUUAAUCGAGACUUUGGCUCAGGUGAGCUAAAAUGCAAUAUCUAAAGAUCUUGUCAUGCAGAAGGGGUUUAAGAGAAAAACUUUGAAUCAUAAAUAUUGAAAGUGGAUAUAUAACGUGUAUACGACACUGACCUACUGGCACACAGACAGUGGUUUUCUAUCUAUCAGUUUAAAAAGAAAUAGUUUAAGAAUAAGGAUUUAUCAUAUUUAUAUGGAAUCCAUUCUAUUUUUUGCCAUUAUCGGUGCUUCAUUGAGAGAGGAAAAAAUCAAAGAUAAUAAGGUUUCAACUGACAAGAAACAAACCGUUAAACAAACAAACAAACAAACAAACUAGUUUACAGCAAUUUAUUACCAAAAAAAAAAAAAAAAUGUUUACUUGUUUUUAAAUCACCAAAUAUCAAAACUAAAGGACUAUACUAUGAUCUUUACUUCAAUAUAAUUCCAAUAUCAUUUAUUACAAUUGUUUUGAUUGGACAAAAAUAAAACUGAACAAGAGUUUACACAUCAAUAAAUCCGAAAACGCGAUGUAUUCAUACACGCCUGAAAACAAAUAACAUAGUGCAGGGAAACUAUUCAAAUUUUUGCAAUUGUUAAUAAAGUGAACGAAUUGGAAUUAUAAGAAUCAAACAUUCUUUUUGAAGAAUUUGUCGAUGUGUAAACUCCGGACAUUUUACUCACAAACUUAACAUAAAAGUGCUUCGCACUUUUAUUCAGUUUGUGAGUAAAAUGUCCGGAGUUUACACAUCGAUAAAUUCUUCAAAAAGAAUGUUUAAUCCUUUAUUAUAUACUUUCAAUUUCAUCUCUUCUUUUUUCUUUAAAAGUUUGCGGGCAUAUAUCACACGAUAUGUGCCCGGAAACAUUCCGGCCCGCAAACAUUACGUCACAAUCAAAUUUCUACGCCGUUAAUUUUUAAAUUUUUCGUGUUUUUCAUCUUUUACUCAGUUAAACCGAUAAAGUUAUUGUUAAAAAUAAAAUUAUUGUUAGUUUCUAAAUGAAAUUGAAAGUAUAUAAUAAAAAGGUUAUAGACUUUGUAUGGGAAAUAUGACGACCUCGUUUUUUGUCGCGGACGGACCUCGCAAGCUCGGUCCGUCUACGCACCAAAAAACUCGGUCGUCAUAUUUUCCCAUACAAAGUCUAUAACCUAUAAAUAUUGCCCUCUAAAAUGAAACGUUUGUAUAAAGCAAAGUUUAUUUUGAUCAAUGUUAUGUGGAACAGCUUUCUGAAAGAAACAUCAAUGCUGUUGAUUCUAUGAUUAGAUUCCUAAAUAUACGCUAUAAAUUUACUAUCGCGUAAUUUCUCGAGAGACGUCUCGUGAGAUUUAGAUCAAAAUUUAACUGCACUAUCAAAAAAAAAAAAAAAAAAAAAAAAAAAAAAAAAUCAAAAAAAUGUAUGUUUUGGGAAAUCUAGGGGGCAAUGCGAAUUUCUUUGCCAAAAUUUGCCAAUUUCUAUAACAUCACUGACUUCCCCACUAAAUAUCACAUCUACAUUUUGGUCUUGAUGAAACACCAUAGGGACAUUUGCGUUGACUAGAAAUGGCACGCCACUUUAAAAGAGCACUCACGCCCAAGAUCAAGGUCACAUUAUCAUCAAGGUCACAAUAUGGUCAACGUCACAACUAACACGGAAAGAAUUGCGCAUAUUAUCAAUUAUCAAGUACCCUUUCAACAAACUUUCUUAUAUAUAAUGCGUAUAAUUAUGUUCCUCGUACAUUGAUAAGGAUAAAGUAUACAGCUUUUAAAAUUUUUGAAAUAUAUUUCCCUUAAUUAUUUGGAAAAUUUGUGAGGAAAAACAAGCUAACAUCUGAUAUCCCAAAUCGACAUUACUCCAUUACUGUUCUCAAAAUGGCGCUUUCCACGAAUCACGUGUUCUGUCUCCUCCGGCGAAACGCAGUGCAAUAUUAGUAAAUGUGUUCUUAAUCACGAGCUGGUGGGGGUAUGUUUGAUAGUUAUAAUAUCUCCCCAUGAUUUACUUAAAACAUAAUUUUGUAGCAUUUGUACUUGUCCUAGAAUAUCAUAUUCAAAAAAUGAAUUGAAGUGGUUCUUUGUAGAUUUUUGUGUCUCAAAAGGGUCCACCCUUUAAAGAAAUUGAACAUAAAAAUUAAUUCAGAUCAAGGGAAAAUGUAACUUUUAAGAUAUGACAAAAAAAAAAAACAACCAAAAAAAAAAAAACCAACCGCCCAAUUCUUUCCGAACACUAGAAACUUGCUGAUCAGAUGCAGGACCCCCCCCCCCCCCCCCCCCCCCCCUAGAUUAUAAUUGAUGAUUUCAACAAAGACCCCUUAGUAAAAAGCGGAAAUAUCGAGCGUCUAAUCGCUUCCGCACAAAGCAGUGACCGGGUGCCUCCUUUUUACAAUCAGUUUGUAGCAAUCGAUAUUGGAUAUUAUUUAUUUAUCACAGGACAUAGAAAAAUAUCUAAAAACAUUAAAAUAUA